UGGUUCCACUGGAGGAAAGCACACCCAGGUCUCACAUUAAAGAAGCCAAACUGUCUGCUUCAAAGAGAAAAGGCAACAUCCUGUCACAGGCCAUGCUCUGGCAAAAACCCACUCCUCCAGAGCAAGCCCCGGCCCCACCUCGGCCGUACCAGGGUGUCCGCGUGAAGGAGCCAGUGAAGGAGUUGCUGAGGAGGAAGCGCGGCCACGCCAGCAGCGGGGCAGCUGUUGCACCAACUGCGGUGGUGCUGCCCCACCAGCCCCUGGCGACCUACACCACAGUGGGUCCUUCCUGCCUUGACAUGGAAGUCUCUGCUUCCACAGUGGCAGAGGAGGGGGCUCUGUGUGCCAGCUGGCUCUCCCAACCUGCCCCGGCCACCCUCCAGCCCUUGACCCCUUGGACACCCUACACUGAGUAUGUGUCCCAUGAAGCCGUCAACUGCCCCUACUCAGCCGACAUGUAUGUGCAGCCUGUGUGCCCCAGCUACACGGUGGUGGGGCCCUCGUCCAUGCUCACCUACGCCUCCCCACCACUCAUCACUAAUGUCACGACAAGAAGCGCUGCCACGCCCUCCAUGGGGUCCCAGCUGGAGGGGCCGGAGCACCAGGCACCUCUCACUUACUUCCCGUGGCCUCAACCCCUUUCCACGCUGCCCACCUCCACCCUGCAGUACCAGCCUCCGGCCCCAGCCCUGCCUGGACCCCAGUUUGUCCAGCUCCCCAUCUCUCUCCCGGAGCCAGUCCUUCAGGACCUGGACGACCCCAGGAGGGCCAUCAGUUCCCUGACCAUCGACAAACUGCUCCUGGAGGAGGAGGAUAGCAACACCUACGAGCUCAACAACACCCUCUCUGUGGAAGGCUUCUAGGGCUGGCUCCAAUGAGAGGGUCCUACUCCCUGCAACUGGGAUUUAAAAGGAGCCUGGGAUUUGAACCUAGAUUCAUGUCUGUUUGGAGUAGCCAUUUUUUUUUUUUAAUCCCAGAUUUAUUGUAGCCCUCCCUGUGUCUUUCCCUUCUUUUUUUCCUUCCACUCCCUCCCUCUCUGCCUUUUUUCCUCUUUAGGGAUAUUGGAAUAUGAUUUUAUGCCACAUGUCACCUGAUCUGGGGUCCACACAGCCCCAUACAUAGUCCCAUUUCUGUCCAGUGUUCUUUCCCCCUCUCUCAUGCCUACUCCUCUAGCAGCAGCAGCUGCAGCACGGUGCAUCUGUCCUAGGGCUAGUUAUGCAUUCUGUCAUUUUGAGGUAUAUGAGGUGCCUGCGGGGAGCCCAGCCCUUCCAGCACCUCCCAGGUGAGGCUGCCAAGGGAGAGCUGAUGCCAGAGACCUCGAGCUGUCAGUUCCCACAGUUGCUCUUUUGUUUGCUGUUCUCAGCCUUGUCCAGAAUUAGGGUCGAUUUAGGCAGCAAAAGACUCAAGGGCUAGGGCUCAGUGUAGUGACAGGGAGGGGUGGGAAGGGAACAUCUGGGUGGGUAUGGUGAGUCAGGGACAGAAAGGAGCAGAGUAGGGAUGGGAACACAGCUGUGCAUGUCUGUGAUGGGUGGGUGGGGGGAAGAGAGUGGAGUUAGGGUUUAUGGGAAGAGGGGAAAGGCAAGAAUGUUUUAGCACCAGCUUUCUUGGAUACUAAGAAGAGCAAUAAACUUAAGGCAAACACUGGAUUAAGAGUUGGGUUUGGGGCUGUGGAGGAUCCUUUCAAGGAAAGCUGAGGGGCAUUGAGCAGCAGGGUGAAUGAUGUUUUACUGUUUCUGACCUGCUCGGGAUGGGAUGGUCUGCCAUGACCCCUGCGUCCAGUGCUGAGGGAUCCUUGGCCCAGCGCUGCUCCGCAGCCUUUAAAACACAUCUUAAGUCCUCCAGAGCCACAGUUGGAUGGAGCCAAGACUUCUUCCAUCUGAGUAUUAUCCUUCCAGGGGGUGUAUAGCGUCUCAGCCAGAAGGACCAUUAGGUUUCACUUAAAAUUUUACUGUAUCUUUUUCCCCCCCUUUUCCCAUAGAAGCAUCAGGUUGCUAGGGGGUCAAGCACCGUUGUUCCCAGAGUGCUUAGCUCCUAGGGGUGGGUGUGUGCCUUGUGCUGCUGCCUUGCCUGCUAAUGACACCACUGUUACACUUUGUACACGAGUAAUGACUUUUCUGGGAGGUGAUAAUUUCUUUGUUAUAUUUUCUUUGCUAUUUUGGAUAAAAACUCCAAAAACAGAUGCCACUUUUGGACUUUUUUUUUUUGCCUUGGGUUGAUUUUGGCCCCCAUUUCUCAGUAUCUUCCUAAAAUCCCAGUACAUGUCUUGAGAUAUUUUUAUUCAAAUGUGAUGUUUAGAUUUAAAAGCUUAAUGCGUCAUUUUAGAUGAACAUCUCAGUAGUGAGGGUGAACAAGCAAAAGAGUGAGAGGAGCUCAGUCUGUUUGAUGAAAGCCUUAGUUUCUGUAAAAAACACUAUGCAAGGUUUUCCACUACUUGAUGAUGUGGAAAGACACAGACAUAAUCUCCACAAUUUGUUAAGCUUGGUUAAAAAGCAAGGAAAUAAAGUACUUUAUGUGUUAGCUGAGACUGAAAAAGUAUUUUUUCCCUUUCUUAAAGCCCAAUGUCUAGGUAGUAGUAGUCAAUCUAAG